ACCCCGGAGAGACAGAUGAUGGAAGAGAUCAAAUAAAGAUACAAAAAGAUGAAAUCUGGAAAAGAAACAUUACAUGAAGGACAGAAGCUGUUCGCUGACUCCCAGCCAACCCAUGUACAAUCAGGGAAGUCUUCUUUUCUUCUCCUCCCCUGCUCUCACCUCCUCUCCUGGGACCCACGCCUCGCCCUCCUGAGAAAGUGGGACUCCCCCUCUCCGUUUCUGCUCCCUCCUACUGAAGCUUUAACUGCAGCCGCAGCGGAGCUGGAGGACACAGUCGUGCGCUGGAUUGUAGAGGAGGAAGAGAGAGCAAGCCAUUCCUGAAGCCAUGGACGUCAAGCUGCUGGCGCUGAUGACUCUGCUGGCCGUGGCCAUGCAGGUUCCCACUGCAAACGCCAAGCCCAUCAGUCUGGUGGAGCGGUGCUGGUGUCGCACCACGCUCAACACCAUUUCUCAGCGCUCCAUCAAGGAGCUCAAGUUUCUCCACACCCCCAACUGCCCCUUCCAAGUCAUUGCUAAACUGAAGAACAACAGGGAGGUUUGCAUCAACCCCGAGACCAAGUGGUUGCAAGGAUACCUGAAGAACGCCAUCAACAAGGUGAAAAAAUCCAAGAGACGCAACACCAAGAAAGUCUAAACUCCAGAGAAAGGGGCGUGGAGCGCACUGCCUCCGAAUCUGAACCCCCCCAGGUCAAACCUCCCUGACACUGCUUUGGAUGUAUGCAAACACGCUGUACGCUACCUACCUGUCCACCUCUGUGGACCGCUUGCAGUAGCAGCACUUCACCUCCAAACCUGCACUGACCGCACCGCCGUCAUUCCCUCUCCCCCCAACCCAACUGGGCGAGGAGUCGUCUUCUGAAAUCCAUACAAGCUCCAGAUGCAGUGAUGAAACUUUGAAACAGCAGGAUGCAAACAGAAAGUGUCUCUGAACGUGGAUCAAUUGAAUUAACUCUGCUUCUGUGACUGUAAAUAGUCAGGGUUGUUUUGUCUUUUUUUCUUACACGCCUGUAAAGAGAAACCUCAAGCUUUCCAACUCACACAAAAGCUUUGUGGCUUCAUAACAUCGUAACCUCUUGAACACUAACAAUGUCUCCAAGAGGACGCUCACGCACUGACGCAUCAGUUGCGCUUUGGUGAAAUGAAGAAGUGCUUAAUUUGCGAACGCCAAAGGGAACUCAUGCGAGGCAAACGUGUCUCCUUUUCUACUAAAAUACACCACGCUUCAACCUCAACAAAGAUCCCCAGGUUUCCAUCUCCUCCCACUUCUUCUGUCACAAAAAUCACCUGCAUGUUCUCCAUCACCAUGUCCUAUAAAUUUCCUCUCUGGCCUCCAUCCUCUCCUCCUUCAACACAGAAUGUGGGUUUUCCAGACAUGCCAGCCGAACUCCACUGCUGAUGAUCAGAGGCGAGCCUGGCGUCCAUGUUUGAUGGAGAGGUAAACGGCCAGCCUCGCUUCAUUUAGAGGAAUCCUCCUCUGUGUCGACGCCAGCGCCGGCCUCAUGGUGCUGCAUGUUCACAAAGAGAGGUCAGAGCCAUUUAUACGACUGGUUCAUCGCUGUGUAUCGUUGUUUUUUGUUUUUCAUUCUUUUAUGUAAGAGGGAACAUCUACUAACAACUGGGAGAUGAGAUAAAGUCUUAAGCAUUUACUGAUAACGGGACUUUUGCCAGACGAAGUUGAAGCCAUGCAAGGGAAAGAACGUAUUUUUGUUGAAACAAUUUAGCAAUAGAAAACAUGUCCGCCUCAAAAAUCCUGCAUUCCUCUAUGAUCUUAGAUUUAGGGGUUUUUUUAGUGAAAAAAGUUGUGUAUAUAUAGAGAGAGAGUGAGUCCCAUCCACCUUUAUUGGCACUUUUGCUGAACAUGUGCAAAAAGUCCUAACAGGCAUUAAUUACAUGUUGCUGUAACAUAAUCCCACACUGAAUAAUUUGCUGCAGUUGAAUAAAAGUUAAUUGGUGGCAGGAUGAACUAGAUCCAACCUUUUUUUUAUUGCUCUGACUGAACAAUUUGGCAGAUUUUAGUAAGUCACUAUAUUUUGCUGCCUGACGUUAAUGACGUUGUCUUUCCAACUUUGAAACACGGCUGAUCUGACCUCUGUCAGGUCACGUUCAGCGAAACGUCACGAUGAAAAUCUCUGAUGUUUCAGAGAAAAUGCAAAAAAAAAAGUCAGAUAAAAGUAAUAAAAGAUUUCGGUUGCAUUUGUGUGACAGCUGUUCGUGGGAUUUUGUUGUUGCCGUACAAAAACAAAUCUAUUUUCUUUUAAGGCUUUUUGCACAUUUUCGAGUGCGUGGGUGCUCUACGAUCACAAGUUUAGUGUUUUAUACCAACACCAUUCCUUUUUUAGGAAUAAAAAGCUAAUAAAUUGUCAAAAUUAGUUGGGUCAUGAAUGUCACAGAGGGAAUGUUAAGGUUGGCAAAAGGGAAGUUUUGGUUUAUCCACUUUUUUUUUUUUAACAUCUAUAUAUAUUUGAGCCACUUUAUUAUCAGAUGUUUCCUUUAGCGUAUUUUUAUUCUUUUUAUAUGCGGAAUCUUACUAAUUGUUUUUAUAUCUUGGGUAGAUAAGAGCUACUAAAUGAAGGUGGAUUUUUCAGUAUUAAACUUCUUUACCACAAAUAAAGAGCAAAUAAUCCUGUAUGCAAAGAAAUACAGCACCAUCACUGUUUGACUGCUUAUGUUAAAUGUCUUGUUUUGUCUCUCUUAAUGUUUCUUUACCAGUCAAAACGAGAUGCUAACAUGUCAGAGCUGCUAAAGCUGACGUAGUUUUUUCUUAAAGAAGCUUUUGAAAUUGCUUUUGAGCACAAAGCUUCCUGAGCUCGAGUCAAACCAACUGAACAGUUUUAUUUUCUUUUUUCUCUUAUUGUUUUACUUUAGUCGAUGUAUGACGUGUCAACAGCCAAUGAGCCGCGACAGAACCAAAGCUCAGCUUAGAUCAGAGCCACCAGCAUGUGCUUUCAAUCUGCCAGCACCCGAAAGCCUUUCCUCAGUUUUACUCAAAUCUCUUCAUUCAGAACCAGCUGGUUGUGAUCAUUGUUUUUUAUGUUCUUGUGUUUCGUUUUGUGCUGUUUUGUUUUGUUCUGUGCUUUUCUUACCAGUUUGGAGCAAACGGUGCAAUAACCUUGUAAUUAAUCUCUCAUAAAUCACGCAGGAU